GCACGGGGUGGGACCCGGCAAGACCAAGGACUUCCUGCGAAACGCAGGGCAGGUCCGGCCCAGCGCUCGGAGGCUUUCGCGGUCAGAAACAAGGCGGAGGUGCUGUGAUUAGUUUCAGGCCAGUGAAAACCUGCCAGGCCUAGACCAUCAUGGGCGAGGCCAGUAGAGAUGAGUAUAAAAUCCAGUCUUUUGAUGCAGAAACUCAGCAGCUGCUGAAGACCGCGCUCAAAGAUCCAGGUGCUGUGGACUUGGAGAGAGUAGCCAAUGUGAUUGUGGACCAUUCUCUGCAGGACUGCGUCUUCAGCAAGGAAGCAGGACGGAUGUGCUACGCCAUCAUUCAGGCAGAGACCAAGCAAGCAGGCCAGAGCGUCUUCCGCCGCGGGCUCCUCAACCGGCUGCAGAAGGAGUACGAUUCCAGGGAGCAGCUUCGCGCAUGCUCCCUGCAGGGCUGGGUCUGCUACGUCACCUUUAUCUGCAACAUCUUUGACUACCUGAGGGUCAACAACAUGCCCAUGAUGGCCCUGGUUAACCCUGUCUAUGACUGUCUCUUCCAGCUGGCCCAGCCCGAGAGUCUGAGCAGGGAGGAGGAGGUGGACUGCCUGGUGCUGCAGCUGCACCGGGUGGGGGAGCAGCUGGAGAAGAUGAAUGGGCAGCGCAUGGACGAGCUCUUCAUCCUCAUCCGGGACGGCUUCCUGCUCCCCAUAGCCCUCAGCUCGCUGGCCCGCCUGCUGCUGCUGGAGAUCAUCGAGUUCCGGGCCGCCGGCUGGAAGACCACGCCCGCCGCCCACAAGUAUUACUACAGCGAGCUUUCUGACUGAGCGGGCUCCGCACGCCUGCCUGCCUGGGACCCUCCUGUCAAGCCGGCACCAGAAUCCUUGCCUCAGCCCCUUCUAGACUUUUCUGACUCCCGUGGUUCUGUCCUCUUCCUUCCCUCACUCUGGAGCUGUGGAGAAACCAAACAGACUUGUCUCCUGACUGAAGACUGUCCGGUCUUCCUCUGCCUUCAAGUCCUUUAGCUUCCCACCACCUUCCACCUGGGCCCAGCAGGAAAAUCACCUAACACUGAACUGUAACCACUGGUGCAACACGACCUUGGUGCCUCAGUUUUCCCAUCUGUAAAAUGGGCAAUUAUAGCCAUUGGUGGAAUGCUUUGGGAUUUUAAGGGCAAGUUACAAGAGAAAUGGUGUUUUAUAUGUUUUAUAGAGACUUUUGAGAUAAGCCUGUUUCCUCUAGUGUGUUUUCAUGAAUAACUGCCUCACCAGGCUGGGGUGAGGGUUUUCUAAUAAAUCUUUUCUGAAACUAAA